AAACACUCGACAUUAAACAGCGGUUGAAUGAAUCAAGCGGUUGUCACCAUGUGUGGAAGACACACGUCACUUCAGACAGCAUCCAUUUCCAGAAAUGCUAAAUCCGUGUCUCCGUGAGGAUUUAAGGCGCGUGUGUCCUCAAGCAUCCACAUGAUUCGUAUCUUUGUCUACGGCACCCUGAAGAAGGGGCAGCCAAACUACUACCGCAUGUUUGACAGCACCAAUGGAAAGGCCGAGCUCCUCGCCUCGGCUCUCACCACCGAGAAAUACCCACUGGUGAUCGCUGGCAAGUGCAACAUCCCUUUCCUCCUCAACAUCCCUGGCCAGGGUCACAGAGUCCACGGAGAGAUCUACAGCGUGGACGACAGGAUGCUGAAAUUCCUGGACGCCUUCGAGGGCAUUCCCACCAUGUACCAGCGGAUUGGGAUUAGUGUCGAGGUGAAAGCGUGGCUGGGGAAGAGCGAGGGUGAGGAGACUCUGUCGCCAGGGAGCAUCACUGAGGUGUUCGUGUACAACACGACAACGUACCAGCCAGACUGGCCUUCACUGGCCAACUAUGAGAGCUACGACGCCUAUGGAGAUCACGGCCUCGAAUAUAUGACCAGAGAAGCACGAGAUUGAUGCAGCUCGCCAAUUCUUUUGUAACCUAAGGGCGUUAGCAAUCAAAUCUGUACCGAAGUUCAAAUGUCAAACUAGAAUGAUUAUAUAAGAUCGGUUUUCUGAUAUGUAUUAUGAUCCUCUGUGUAACAUUGAAACAAAUGUUGUGAUAGAUAACAGUGAAUUAUGUGAUUCUCUUCUUGAAAUCUCUCAAUGAUGUACUUAAAGGACCAGUGUGUGGGAUUAAGUGGCAUUUCGAGGUGAAGUUCCCCACCAAGGUGUAACUACGGUGGCCUUAAAACUAGAAAAGACCAAUUUUA